AUGAAAAGGAGGAAGGUUAAAAAUGGAGAGUAUAAUCCAAUAGAUAGAACUGGAAAAACUCCUUUGCAAUGGGCGCUCAUUUCAAAAAGAAUUUCUAUCAUUAGAGUGUUUCUUGACUUUUUACUUGAUUAUGAAUCAGAAAUUGACUCUUUGUUGAAUGAGAUCCUGGACUUCGCUUAUAUUAAUGAUAAUGCUUUUGCUGCAAUUCUGAAAGAUUUCUUUGUUUCUGAAUACAACUAUUUGGAUGUUGAAUCAUUCGAAGAAGAAGACUUCAUGCUGUACUUGAGUGUUUCGAGUUGGAAUUGGAUGUUGAUUUCUUCUCUAAUUUGUUGUGAAUACUGGAGAAUGUGGAAAAAUUUUAAGCCUAUCACACAGGUAGAACGUGUUAUUUUUACCAAAUUUUGUCAGAUAAUAUUACAAUUGAUGGAUGUUACAUUGAUGAAAAUAUUCCUUUAA